AUGUCGAUCCACAAGUCGCGCGCCGUGUCAGCCCGUGGGGAGGAAGGAAGCUUAUCUCAGCUUACUACACUUGAGGCGGUGAUGCGGAAACAGCUAGAUGCUUGCAUUAAGGCAAAAACGUCCGAUGAAGCUAAGGCUGUAAUGAAUCAAGUCGUUGUCGAAGUUCAAACUACCACCAAAUCUUUGGAGCAGCUUGGAAAGGUCAACGUUGAUGCCACGGCUACAGCUGACAUAGCGGUUCGCGUGGCAUGCAUUAUAGAGAUUCUCAUUAAAAUGUUGUUAAAACUUUCACGCAAGUUUGGAGCUGACUUUGUUGUCGGUCUGUGCGGCGAAAUCGACAUCGUUCUCAAGGGCCUACUCGUUACUAUCGAAGGAUUGUUUGCAGGUAUCCUUGUGCUUGUACUCAAGAAGAUUGUUGAUGUCAAGACCAGUGCAAUAAUGCAGCUUGACUUGACCCAAUGUGCCAAGGUGCUGGGUUUGAUUGGUUGA